AUGUUUUCUUCAAUUCAAAACUCAUCACCAACUUGUAAAAUCAUUGAAAUUCCCCCAGGUUUAAUAGAAAAUGGAAAAACAUUAUUAAUUGAAACACAUUAUGAAUUAUUUAUAAAUAAUUAUCAUUUCUCACGACCAUCACAUUUUAUUACACAAAAUCAUGGAUUAUGUCUUGUUGAUAAACAACAAAAAGAUUUUAUAUCAGAUCAAUAUUAUUAUCAAUUAAAUUCACAUAAUUAUGAUUAUCGUAAGUUUACAUUUUGA